AUGUUUAAUUUAGAAUAAAAUUAAGUUGAAUCAUCUAGAUUGAUAUCUGUUGAUUGCAUUCAUAAUAAUGACCCAAUUAAAUAUACUUCAUUAUAGGAUGCCAAUCUAAGAUGGAAAAAUAAAAAUUAAGAUAAAUUUAGAGAAUGUUAGUAUUCAAGAUUGCUUUAAUGAGAAAGCAUAAUAUCUUAUCUUAAAGAAAUAAGAGAAUAAAAUAAUAAAAUCUUAAGUGAAUUGAUUGAAAACUUGAAUAGCGAAUAAUAAUCAAUUCAAUAAGUAUUAUAAAAUCAAUUAGAUCAAACAGAUAUAUAUGGGUUCAAUUUAAAAUAGAUUGAAGAGGUCACCUUAAUUUAUGUAAAUAAGAUAAAUUAAAAGUGUUGUCUGAUUUAUAAUCUAAUAUAGAAUAAGAAGAUUAAAUUAGAUAUAAUUUAAUCACUUAUGAUUUAAAUGAAUGGUUAUUAUGAUAAUUAUGGAAAAGGGUAAAUAUUAUUUUCUAAUAUUAACAUUAGUGUAUAUUUUAUUGAAUAAGAAGGUAGAUGUUUCAAUCAUGAUUAAUAGGAUAAAAAUAACAGCUGUAUUCCAUUUAAAUUCACUUUUAAUGAUAUCGUUAUUGUAGAAGUUGAUAUUUAGAAUAACUAUAUUAAAUGGAUUAAGUAAUCAACAAAUGAGUUAUAUGUAAAUAUUAAACUAUAUUUUAAGAAACUCAAUAUAAACACAUCCUAAGAUCUUUAUUCAUGUGUUAAUCUACAUUAUUAUUCUAAAGUAGAAAUAUUAAGUGAAUUCAAUGAAUGA